AUUCGAGGCUAAAUUGAAGGAUAUAGGUAGUUAAAUAUCUUCAGUAUUACAUAUAUGGAACUUGAGGAAGAAGAGCCGAUUUUGGAAGGUGAGGCAGUGGAAAUGGACAAAGAGAACUCUAAGGAAACUCCCAUGAAGGAAAUUCGUACCCGUUUUCCUGGCGUUGUGAGAAAGAAAGCUUAUGCAUUUGAUGGUUUCGGGAGUUACUUUACUAAGGAAUGGGAUCUCUCUGAAGGAAAAGGGAAAGAAUUUUGUUGGUAUCAUGUGGAACUUCCAAAGGGAAACCAGAAACUAGCAUUGUCUGCACAAUACCUUAUUGAUGUCCUUUGCCCUCCUUUGAAACUUCAAGACAUCCUCUCACUUGUCACUAAUGGACCUUUUUGUGGGCAUGUUAAUGGAGCACUUGUUUUUAGGGUGAACUCACCUGGAACUGCUUCAAGCGAUUUUACUCUUAGAAUUGCUGCAAGAAUAACUGAGAACUCGUUGAUUACUGUGUCUUUGGGUCGUGUUCCUAGAUUGGGAUUCUCCCCAAUGGGUCAUUCUCUUCUUUCAGAGAUUCCUAGUGUGGAGAGUUCCAGUUUGGCUAGAGCAGAGAAGGAAGGAGAUGCGAUUGUAAUCAGGGAACACGUUCUUGAGUUUUUAUUAACGAUGAAUCAUUCUGAGGAGGCUGAUAAUCCAGUUCCACGCACUCUUUCAAAUCUCGUUAUUCAUGUACUAGACACACAUGUAGAUCAUGUUCAAGACAUAGUAACCAAGCUUGAGAUCGAGUUGGACGCAGUGGAGUUCGAAUUGGAUAAAGGUGCUUUUGCCUUAAAAAUGCAGAUGCUGGAUGAGAGAAGAUUUCCAAAAAUGCAUCUAAAUUUGCAACGUCUUUUGCAGGUGAUAGCAUAUGGAGAACAAGUGUUCCCACGUGUCAGAGAAAAAUGUUCCACAAAAAGUUGGUUUGCUGGCGAAGACAUUGUCGCUCUUGAAGAGCUGAUUGGACGUCUUAGGAGGCUAAAAGAGAAUGUUGGUUUUAUUUCGAAUCGUGUAACAGCAUUACAAGCUGGUCUUGACAGUUGGCAGUCGGAGCAAAUUAAUAAGAAGCUUUACUACCUCUCCUUCCUUUCAUUGAUAUUCCUUCCUUUGUCUAUCAUCACUGGAGUAUUUGGGAUGAAUGUGGGAGGCAUUCCUUGGUCAGGGCAAGAUGACCCCGCCAUAAAAGAUGGAUUCCGCAAUGUCAUGUUUCUCUCUGUUGGUGUGCUGCUGCUUUUACUGCUUUGCUUCACUUUCCCCUCUAUAUAUGCCCAUAUGAGGAAUCAGAGAGUAUUAAGGAGGUGCUGGUCUCUUAACAGGUCUUUCUUAAAGAGAACACUCAGAGUUGGAUCUCAGGAAAGAGGGGGUUACACCCGCAUGUGAAAGAACUAUACAAGCUUCUUGGUAGGCAUUCUCAUUUUCUUCAUGUUUUUAAUUACCAUUUGUAUAACUUGUCUUUGAUGAGGAAAAUAUAUUCCACCUGGAGAUUUUUGGGAAACUUUUUUCUUUUUGUUGAGGGAAUGGUCUGAUAAGACUGUUUCUUGAGUAAACCUGCAGGGGUUUAGUGCUUCCAUCCUGCAGGACCUGUGGAAAUUUAUCCUCCUUAAAUUAAAUCACCAGCUGUACAGAUA